CCACAUCCUCCCUGUCCUGCCCAUCGGUACAGUAUAUUCCAAAUGCUUCAUGGGGGCGGAAAAGCCUCCAGUGAAUGUUGCAGGUUAAAGAUAUCAGACAGAACAAUGGUCAAGGAUAAGGCAGGCAUCCAGCGGCUGUGUGAAACAGGGACUUUAUCAUAAUUGCUGUUAAUAAUUACAGUCGUGAUAGGAGGCAGAGGUGGUGUUUAUUGAUGGAAAAGUUGUUUGGGGUCUCAGUUGGUCUUCAGGAGCUGGAUGAGGAGGGAGAGAGAGUGAAGAGUCUGGAUUAAAAGCAGAUAAGGACGCAGUCAGGUAGGUGGGAUGAGCUGCUAUAAGAAGAAAAAGACUUUUUUUUAAUCUUUGGUGAGCCUGUGCACCGCGUAGUUACUGAAAAGUUAUCCCAUCAGAUAAUCAAACAUCAUAUCAGAUCAAAUCUUGGAAAUGUGUCAAACAAGAUGCAGAAAUUAAAUCAAAUCAGACGGUCUGGCUUUUGCUUUUGUUUGGAUGAAACUUUGGGUCUUUGUUGCAAACUUUUUAGUUGAAUCUGAUCAUGAGAUUUGGAUCAAUCAGAUCCUAGAAGGGGUUUGGAUCGCAGGAACGAGUCAAGUAAAGGAAACUUUUCAACUGGAGAACAAUUCAACAGUUUUCAGUUCACUUUUUAGAAAUGUUUGCACUUGGAUUUUGUUGCAUUUCUGCAGGGACGGAGCAGAUAGGACAGACUUUAGGGAUAUAAACUGAAAAAUAGAUUCAGUCUACACUUAAAACAAAACUGGCAGAGUAGCUGCUAAACAAUAUUUUACUUUAAGCAUCUAUUCGGGGUUAUACUUUGUGCAAAUUUUGAGAGCACUAACAGUAAUCCUGAUUUAGUGAUCCUGAAAAGUCACCAAGUAACUCGAGUUAAUUUCGUUUUUGCUGCCCUGUCAAGGCCCUGUUUUCUAAAGGGUUUAAUCUGGAUUAAAUUGUGCAAAUUCAAAGAUUAGGUAUUCAGAUGCAGUUUAGUGCUUUUCAUGCACAGUCUGCACUCCAAAUAACUCAUAUCUUCUGCUGUUUUUGUCUAAUUCUAGUCCACAAAUAUCUCCUUAAGCUUGGCUGUAACUUAAAGAGUUUAAAACUCUUAACAAAUUUGGGAAAAGAAGCGAUCAAACACAUGAAAACAAACACGUAACAGUUUUGUUUUUAGUGUUUGGACAGAUUCAUUCACCAACAACCAGAGUCCACACUCUGUAUACUGGAAAUCCUCCAAAACAUCCAACGCAGUUGAACGUGACUUUGGAGUAAACAAACAUGGAGGUCAGGCGAAUGCUGCUCGCUGCUUCGCGACCUGUUACAUCCAUUAUUGGGGUCACUUCUGCUCAACGUCUCUUCCUGUUAUUUUGUGUGUUUUGAACACUUCUGUUGUCGCUGCAGACCAACAAUCACAGUCCUCCAUUUCUGUAGUCCAUGCCUGUUUAUGAUUGUCUCCUGCGUGGAUUACGAGCAGUAAAAUUACUCCACACCUCUGGAAAAUCUGGCAAGAUAAUCUUGAGAAACAUCAGAUAAUCAGGACUUUGCUGAUUUCUUCACACGGCGAAUCAGACCGUAAAUUGGUGCAGUUAUCUUGUGGUGUGAACUCUUUACUCCCUGAUUAUGCUAAAGUCACUGCAAGUCCAAAUAUGACAGUAUUUUCAGGUUUUUGAAGUGAGUGGGUAUUUAAAGUGGAAACUAAAGAGAAGGAGAGCGGUUGUGUUUGAUUGAGAAACUUGGCAAAUGGAGGAUCAUAUUUCUCUUGCUUUUGGUCCUCGAAGGCCACUGUUGCUUCAUUGUAAGGAGGAGUGAGAAAGGAGGUUGAAAUCUCCCUAGAUAUUAUCUGCUAGGAUUAGGAUUCUCCAGAUUUCUGUAAAUCUCUGGUGUGAAUCUGUCUGCAGACCUCAGGUAGAGUCCAGCAGCUCCUGACCUGGCUGCUGUUCCCUGUUUUUGUUUGGGGGUCUGGAUCUUUGUAGUCUGCCGUUAAUGUUCUUUGAUAGGUCAUGUUCAAAGCUGGCGCAGGAUCCUCUCUCUAACUUAAUGUGAUUACUGGAACUCAGAGCCACAUAGAGAGGAAGCAGCGGCCCUCAGAGCACAGAGCAGAGAUGAUGCGAGCAGGAGCGAGGCAGUACGUGGUGGCCCGGCCGCUGUUCUCGGAGGAAUCCUUCGCUGAGGAGCACCAGAAGGUCUACAGGCACCGCAAGAGCAUGCUGGACCACGUCAAACAGUACUUCACGUAAGUAGCAUGUACAGCUUUUUUAGGGUUCCUGUUUUAUUCUCCAGAGCAGAAAAUUUAGUAAUGAAGAAAGUCAGAGUCGCAAAUAAACAAUAAAGUCAGAAUUGCAUAAGAGGUCGUAGCUGAUUAAAAUUGUUCAUACUAAAGGUAAAAAGUCAAAUUUUUACUUGUAAUUUAUUGUGUUAAUUUUAUUCUUUUUUUAAUUCUUUUUAUUUUUUAUUUAUUAGUUUAUUUAAUUUAUUGUUAACUUUUGUUUAAUUAUAUAUUUUCUAUUGUCAAGUUUCUUUUUAAAUUUAUUUUAUUUAUUUAUUUAUUCUUUUAUGGUCAAAAGUUUGUAGGACUGAAGUUGUAGGUAAACAAAAAUGUCAUAACUUUACAAAAUUUGAGUUGUAAGUUCACGAGAGAAACAUUUCGAGUGAAAAAAACAGAAUAUUAUUUGAUUCGUCUCUUUAACCGCGUAUGUGUCUGUGUUUGUCCUGCAGAUGUGAUGCCAAACGAGUCAAAAAUGCAGCUCUCUCUCUUCUGCCCAUUAUUGGAUGGAUGAAAAUUUACAGAAUCAAAGAGUGGUUGCCCAGCGACAUCAUGUCCGGCGUCAGUACUGGACUGGUUGCUGUCCUGCAAGGUAAACAGAAAGUUCAUCACUUUCCAAAAAUUGGUCCAGAGAGGGCACUUCAGAUAUUCAGAUGGUGUUUAAUAUUACAGGCAAAUGGGAUUGUUGUUGCUGUUGUCUGUCAAGAAAGCUGGCCGAAGCAGAGGUGAUUCCUGACAUCUCUCUCUUCAGCAGAAACUCCCUUUAAUUCAGUCAGCGUAGAGGAAUUUGUGUGGGAUACUGUGAUACUCCCACAGUCCAGGUGAAGUUCACCUUCAUCAUGUUUCAAAGAGAUCUGUCUGCAGAGACCUAAGAGCCAAGACCAAACUCUGCGUUUAUCAGUCGCUUCAUUCUUGCUGCAUGACCAAACAGACAGCUGCAGACAAAUGCUUUUUAAAACACCCAGUCUAAUCAGACUCCCAGAUUCUCCUGAACAGUUCACACAUUAUGCAAAGACGUGUUUCUUUCUAAUCUGAUUUCAACAGUGAUGAUAAUGAUGGUUGUGUUUGCUUUUGAAGGCCAUGAAGAAGCUUAAUUUUUCAUUUUUAGUCUGAUGCAUAACCAGCUAAAAACUCCACACAGCUGCUUUUAUUGUGGGCAUAUUUGCUCUUUUUCAACUUUAUCAGCAGCAGCUAGUUUAACUUCACACAAUCCAAGGUGUUAUUUCUGGAUUUUAAGGUGAAUACGACUUGUUGAGACAUUUGCACAUAAAACUCUUGAUGGUACUAACAUUAGCUGUCAGUUGCAAAACAAUGCUAGCUGUUAAUUUCCACCGCAUCCGGAAUGGCUCCGAUCCAGAACAGCAGCUAUUUUCUCUGUUCGCCAAUUCCUACCGGAUCUGUUUGUGAGGCAAAUUUCAUGGUGGAUUAUGGACAGCAGGAAUCGUGAGAACUCACAAGAACCCGCGGAUUCAUAAGCAAUUGUAUGAUAAUGAGUUGUCUCUAUAGCAGCUUAACCAAAUAAGCAGUGAUGUUGCGAUCAGCUCAUACAGCUUUUUCGUAGCCGUUCCGGAUGCGGUGGAAAUCAGGGUUACACGAGGCGAGCCAUUCAAACGCAUGCAGUGUUGUGCUCUGCUGGAUUUAGAAUAACAUAUAUAAAAUGUCAAAAUAAUUGACUUUCUGUUGAUUUUAUGAUAUGAUAGAUAAACUUACCAAAUCUCGUACGAAAAGAUUAAAUCAUUUAAAAAAAAAUGUGUUGGGGGCGCCAUUGAGCCACAUCACUGGCAAACCCAUAUCCUUCAUCUUAUUUCUCCUCUGGGCUCACAUAUACCAAAUUUAUGACUGUAUGAGUUUACUGAGACUACAAAAAAAUGACUUCCUGUUUCAUAGAGAAGAAUGCGUUGCCCAGGCAACAACAUUUGCGAGAGACUCAUAAGCAUCCCAGUUUUAGUCUUGGGAAAGAAUAACUUGUGAUGUGAUUUUGUUGAUGUGGAUUCAAUGUGUGUCAUCUUGGGUCUCAGGUCUGGCUUACUGCUUGCUGGCCUCUCUGCCCCCCUGGUACGGACUCUUCUCCGCCUUCUUCCCCGUCAUCAUUUACUUCUUUCUGGGGACCUCCAGACACAUCUCAGUGGGUAAGGCCUGAUCCCAACACCGGUCAUACACAAGAACCGCUCCAACAGACCCCCAAACGAAGUCCUCUCUCUUUUAUUUCACAGGUCCGUUCCCGGUUUUGUGUUUGAUGAUCGGUGCCGUGGUCACCAGGCUGGUUCCAGAUGAGGGUCCACCUGCGAACAUUACCGGGUUUGAAGGUCUGAGCAGAGACGAGCAGAGAGUCCUGGUGGCGUCCUCCAUUUCUUUUCUUGUUGGUAUCAUGCAGGUAAAAUUAAAUGAGUAUUUUGGGCCAAUUAGUCUGCACAAUUCCUUCAUUAAUGAUCCGAUUUGAGGUCCUAAAGGUUUAAGUAUUUGACAAAACCUCCAGUUGGUGACACGAUCCUUCUGUCUCCUCCAGCUGGCGAUGGGCGUCCUACAGGUGGGCUUUGUAACCAUGUACCUGUCCGACACCCUGGUUUCUGGCUUCACCACAGCAGCUGCCGUCCACAUCCUGGUAUCCCAGCUCAAGUUUGUGUUAGGGCUGCAGGUCCCGGGCAUCAGCGGACCGCUGUCUCUCAUUUAUGUAAGUCCAGCGCUGUGUGAGGCGUUUUAAAGUUUGAGCUGUGAAAAAGAGGCUCAGUCCCUCGGUCAUGUUAUGAUCUUACUUCCUCUCUUUUCAGACUCUGGAGAUCAUCUUCAAAAAGAUCUCCUCCACCAACGUGUGCGCCGUGGUGACCUCUGUGGUGAUCAUGGUGGUGGUGUUCAUCGUGAAGGAGCUGAACGAAAGAUAUAAGUCGAAGCUGCCCGUCCCCAUCCCUAUAGAGGUCAUCAUGGUGAGAGACACUGAACAGGAUGAUUGUUCGCCACAUAAUCAGUAAUAAGGAUCAUGUUUAUUUUAACUGUGACUGGAUGAGAUAGACGUGCAGCAUGGACCAAUCAUUGGGGUGUUUUAUGGGGUCAUUAAAGUCUCGGUCAGGUGAGGGAAACAGGUCACAAGAUGAUCUCACAAGUCAGACCUGACAGCUUCUGCUUUCUCCUCUGCAGACCGUCAUCGUGUGCGGACUUUCCUACGCUUUCAACUUUAACGAACGAUUUGGUGCCGACAUUGUCGGCCAAAUUCCUAAAGGGUGAGUUAUUCUGCACAAGAGCCAAAUGCAUAGGUGUUUUUUUUUUGGCAUCGUGCACAGCCAAAGAAAAAGCAAAAUAUGUGCAACACAAUAAAAUUUAGGGGAAUAAAAAAGACCAUCCCACCCCUGUUGCAGCGCUUGCAGAUUAAAGGAAUUACAAUUUCUUUUUUUCCAUUGAGAAGAACCAGUUUUGGUGGAGGUGGUUAGAGCGUUUGAUGAGGUUUGAUAAGGAGACCCAAAGGUAGACUUAGAGGUUUUCAGAGGGGUCAUAAAGCCCUCAUGACGUGGGAUUGCCUCCUGGGAAACAUUGCUAAAAUGAUUGAUGUCUGAUCCUGCUUGUUUGCAUAAUCUGACGUCAAACAAUCUAGAAAAAAAUGAAUGAGUAGAUUAUUGGAUGGGUUGACGGACAUUGGCAGCAUUAGUCGAUGCCGUUUGAGUUUAUUUCAGGUGAGUCGAGAGUUUACGAGUUCCUUAAAACAGAUUCAUUCACAGAAUCACAGAGUAAAGAUAACGAGCGCACAACAAUACAACAAUACAUCCAUAAACCUUUACCUUAGGUUACACCUAUCAGUGUCAGACAGGAAAAUGGUGUUUUAUAGACUCUGUAGCUCGGCUGUAAACACCUAUAAAUAAUAAAUAUGUCAUUGUGUCAUUGAUUAUCCUUUAUGCUCUGUGCAGGCUGUAUGAGUGCAAAAAUCACCACACUGGGCUUUAUUUUCAGUCACUCAAAGAGACAAAAUAAGUGCUCAUUACAUGAAAAGGUCGACUUUUGUUUGAUUUUAAUACCUAGAGGACUUAUACCUACAGUUCUCCGUCCUCAGGUAUGAGCAUCCGAUUGCCCCAAACCUUCAAAUCUUCCAGGAAACAGCAGUCGAAGCGUUUCCCAUGGCCAUCGUGGGUUUUGCCGUCGCCUUCUCUGUGGCUAAAGUCUAUUCUGUCAAACACGAUUACAGCAUCGAUGGAAACCAGGUACGAUCUACAAUCAUGACAGUUUAGAGCUUUAAAACUUUGGUUGAUCAGGUUUUAAAUAUCUGAUGUUUGUCGCCACAGGAGCUGAUAGCUUUUGGCGUCAGCAACAUCUUCGGGGCCUCGUUCAAGUCGUUCGCUGCGAGUACAGCUCUGAGCAGGAGUGCAGUUCAGGAGAGCACAGGUGGAAAAACUCAGGUGAACUAACACUUCUUAUUUACUCAGUUUCUGUGCUGCAUUUGAAAUAAGUUUCUGUGGUUUUAUUUGAUGUUUGUAGUCAAACAUACCUGUUCAUGCUUUUGCAGAUAGCCGGUCUGCUGUCAGCCAUCAUGGUGAUGAUCGUCACCUUGGCCCUUGGAUUUCUCCUGCAGCCGCUCCCUAAGGUAAAAAUCAGCACACCUGUGAACUCUUCUCAUGUGAGGGUGAAGUUUUGGAGGUGACCUGUGAUCCGUCAUCUUCUCAGUCUGUCCUGGGCGCUGUGAUCAUCGUCAACCUAAAAGGGAUGCUGAUGCAGGUCAGAGACGUCCCAUACCUGUGGAGGAGAGACAGAGCCGACUGUGUAAGCUCUCACAUUUAUAAAAGACGCACAAUAAAAGAUUUAAAAAUCAAAAAUGUAAAGUUUAAAGUCUCUUUAAUGUCUGUUCAGGUGGUGUGGAUAACUACCUGUACUGCAGCCACAUUACUGGGGCUGGAUCUUGGACUGGCUGUAGGCCUCGGUGUGGAGCUGAUCAGUGUUGUCCUCAGGGUUCAGUUGUGAGUAUUUGCUCUUGACCAUAGACUGUAUGUAGAGAAUGGACGCCGUCUGCCUCCUCGCUGGGUGAAGUCAUUAAGAGAACAGCACCCUCUGGUGAUGGGCUGCAGCAUAGGUCAUAAAUCCCUCCUGGUUUUGAUGUUGACAUGUAGUUAUUGUAAGACUGGUUUGUGCUCAAGUCAAAGUACCAAAGUAGGUAAAGUUAUUAGGUGGUUCAUGUUUUCUGUGAUUGACACCUGAUACAGCCUAUGGGCGUUCAGGAAUUGCGUAGAUUGCUUGGAGGAUACGGUGAUUGAGCCGAGCAUCAUCUCAGUGACUCUUCCAUCGAAUGUGUACAACGCUACUGCGCAAGAGGUGGUUCCAGGAAGUGGAGAAAAUCCCAGAAAUUCUGAGAGCAAUUUGGCCUCAAAUCCGUAUACUGGAGGAAGGCAGAGCCAAGUUGUCCAUAGUAUAUACAGUCAAUGCUCUUGCCCGCUUAUUUAACAUACUUGUCCCUGAACUCGAAUUUAAUCAAAUUUUAGAUCCACUGUCAUUAAACUAUGUGCAGAUAUUUACACAAAUAUUCAUGUUUGAAUGACAACCAGAAAGUUUCCGGACAAAUUUCCUGCGAAAUAAAAUAUAUACUCCAUUCCAAAAUCAUCGGAAAAUCAGGAUGCAGUUUGUCAUAAUUUUGCAAUUUUAAAAAAAUUUUUUUUGGUCUCCAUUUCUUUCAGCCCUCGCUGCAGCGUGCUCGCCAACAUCCAGGGAACUGAUAUCUACAAAGACAGGAAGGACUACAUCAGUGUAAGCGGAUCUCACUGUGUUCGUCAUUUUCUGACUCUUAGAUUAAUAGAGAUCCAUGAAAACAUGUUCACCUGCUGCUGACAGGUGUCACCUUAAAGAGAUAGAUUAUGUUUUGGCACUUUCUGAUGGAUUAGCCAGAAUAAGAAAGAUCCAACCUGAUACAAGAAAACCUGUUUUUAAUGAGCUUUAAUGUCCUACAUAAAGAUCAUGCUGUAUCUUUAUAAUAUUUACAGGAACUGGAGAGGUGAUUACAAAAACAUCCCUGCUUCUUCCUCCUUCCUCAUGUCAUGUUGCGUGCAUGGUUUUGUGUAUAAUCUGGCUGUAAUCUAGGAAUAAACCCGAUCAAUCUCUUCAGAUAUACGAGCCUGAGGGGGUGAAGAUCUUCAGGAUACCUUCACCUAUCUUCUUUGCAAACAUCGAGUUCUUCAAAAGCAAGCUGAUAGAAGCCGUGAGUAAAACGCUGACCAUCACAUUCAAACAAAACGUUGUAAUUUGUCUUUUUUAGUCGCAGAAGUCCCACUUUUAACUUGACCACCUCUUCAGGUUGGAUUCAACCCUUUGAGAGUGUUGAGGAAGAGAAACAUAGCCCUGAGAAAGAUUCGGAAACUUCUACAGAAAGGGGACCUGCAGUGGACAUCGGUGAGUGAUGACUUUGACCCUCAUUGAGAGACAAAAACACUGACACACUUUCAUUAUAAACACGGUCAGUAAGUCAUAAAACGUGCCAACUGUCUUUAAUUGUCUCUCUUCCUGAAAUGCCGCAGGCUGUGAUGGUAUUCCCUCAGCAGAUGGUACAAGGUUCACCUCCACUUAUCUUAGAUUGAAGUCAAUAUGAGCGCAUAUGGAUUAAAAGGCCUGUGAUGUGUCAGGAAGAUGAGGCCCGGAUGUUUUACAGCAUGUCAAUAAUGUCAACACGCUGACCCACUUUACUGUUUUACUAUCAGACGCACCAAAGGUGACAAACACGUGUUGACGAAAUACUCUCCCAAAAUGCUUCUUUAGCACUUGGACCAUUGACGAUGGACUGAAGUUAAAGGGAUAGUUCACUAUUUUUGGAGUAAGUUUGUAGGACUUGCAUGAGUGGACCAUGGACCAGGACCAGGAUGAGUUCUUAUCCGUUUUUCUGCCGUAGCUGCUCUUGUUGGCUCUCUGUGUUGUGGGGCGCUCACAACAAAGUAUUAACUCGCUUCACUCGCACGUCAACAGUAGUUUCAAUGGUAAUCCCUGCCAAUUCAACCGGCGGGAUCAAGUGAUAGACGAAGGUUUUUUUUACAAUUCAUCAGGUAAUCCGACUUCCUCACUCAGUUUCCACCAGACGAGCUCCUGUUUAUUACAGUUUUGGUAUUUAAAAGAAAAAAUAUCAUAUAAUUCGGAGCACCCACACACCGACACGAUCAGUUUGUCCUCCAUUUUAAAUACCAGUGAACAACUGUCUGUUUUCAUACAUCACCUAGCAACCUUCGUGUUGAUUAGUUAUCGCAACCCGAAUAACCACAAGUUGAUACAUUUUCAGCUCCCGCCCAAUUCGUGUCAUUCGCCCCGCCAGAGUAGAAGGAGUGUCUUUGCAUUGUCUUAACACAUGAUUCAUGCGAAUGAAUUUACUCGCACUUGGUGUGUGGAAACAGUAAAAGAUGCUUUGUUAUCAUGUAGUACCCUGACAUGAUCAACUGAUCACCUGAUGUAAACACCGUCAGGAUAGUGUGGUUCAUUUUCUCAACUAGGCACAACUAUUCCUGUUUCUAUCAGUGGUUGUUAUCCGUUAUUGUUAAAUUCACUCCUCAGAGGUCAGUGGAGUUUCAAGGACGUGAUCCCAAUCAGUUGUAGGUCAGGUUUGAAUGAAUUUGUUUCAUGACAUUCAUCAGAAUUUGAGGUCUGACUUUUAUUACGGUCUGCUCGACAUAAUCUCGCCUCUAAAAGCACACAUAGAUUCCUCAUAUGAAUCUGUGUUCAGCAGAUAAAGAGUUGGUCUAGUUUCAAAGACAUGGUGCAAGUAAAGAUGAAUCAGAGGAGUUAGAAAGGUGAAACGUUUUCAAGCUUUUCAUACGACCUCUGUUCUCCUAUUACAGAAAGGCUUCUUAAACACCUCCUGUGGACCCCUCAGCGAACCAGAAGAUGAGAGUAACGUGGAGGAGCUGGACCUACCCACAGACUUUAAGGACCUUCCUGCACGGAUCGACUGGAACGCCGAGCUCCCCGCCAACAUCAUCGUCCCCAGAGUGGACAUCCACAGUCUGAUCCUGGACUUUUCUGCCGUCUCCUUCCUGGACAUCUCCGCUCUGAAGGGGCUCAAAACGGUCGGUUGUUUAUUCAAAGCAGCAUGAGGAGUUUUAUUUACGGAGGUUUUUCUCUUAUAAUCUUAAAUCGUCACACAGGCGCUGAAAGAGCUGAUCCGGGUAGAAGUGGAGGUCUACAUCGUGGCUUGUGAUUGUGAGUUAUAAACACGAUUACAGUCCGCUCCUUUCCGUCUUUAUUCAAUCCUUCUUAGAUAGUCCAACUCGUGCUUUGUCCUCACCUGCAGCUUUCAUCCUGGAGAAACUGCACAACUGCUGCUUUUUCGACGAUGAAGUUCAGCCCACCAUGUUUUACCUGACGCUGCACGACGCCAUGCUGCACAUCCUCGAGAAACAUCCAGAGACCACCGAAAAGAAAUCGAACCUUGACAGGGUUUGUCAGACAGACUUACAGCAUCUAUGCUGACAGAUAAAACAAGCUGUGUGCUCGACGUGAAUCCCUUUACGCUCCUUUUUUUGUUGCAGAUUAUAACCACAGUCACAGUGCACCACUCUGGAGGCAGUUUAAGAGGCAGAGACCGAAAUGUAAGUAUCCGUUUUUAGUUUCAAACAGCAUCCACGUUUUUCAUCUCAUUUACCGCAGCCGUGUCCUGUACUCAAAGUUAUUUGUUUCAGGACAAAGCACUUUUGAUCCACAGUCAAAAGAAACAGUGUGUUUGUCUCUCUUUAAAUGUAAUGACUCAGAGGGGAAUUCGGAUAUUUUUAAACCUGGGCUCCUGUAUUUUUCUGGGAGGUCUGAAUGACUUUUAAAAACAGAAGAUGUUGGAUUUACUCCAGUAGAUUGUUUGAUCCUGCAGCGGCGAUAAGAUCUGCCGUAAAGUCUUUAUUUAAAGGAUCAAAGUCGCUCUGCUGAGAGUUUACAGACAGGAUUCAUGCAAAUAAAAACCUUUCAGUUAAAAGAAGAGGGUUUUAAUUCUGUAAAAAAGUGUUGAACCUCUAGAUUUACACAUCUCUUCUUCAUCCAACAGGCUCUGGAUCCAGAAACCAAAUUUUGACACCUGCUGUCGAAGAUAAAAACCACCUUAAAAAGAGUAAAUAGUUUACUGAUCAUGCUGUUGAAUACUCUAAUAUCAUGAACGACAAGAAACUCUGUUCAACUUUUGACAAUCUAAGUUUACGUGUUCACUUUUAAGAAGAUAAAUUCAUGUUUUUUUAUACUGUAUAUAGUGAGUUUGUAGAAAUGUUAGCCACAGUAUAUUUUACAUUUUGUAUUUUCAUGACAAUGUUAAUAAACGCACUUUUGGCACUCAGUUCCUAUAAGGUAGAGGUGUCUGGGACAAAAGCAAUGUUUGAAAGACUGACUGACUGAAACGUCGUAAUAAAUAUUUUACACAAACAGUUA